AGAUUUUCAAGCUGGUCAGAAGAAAUUUACAGAAAAGAUGGCUGGCUCUGGGAGUAUGAGCAAAGGGAUGCAAGAUCGUCUAAAUCAGAGAGUGGUGCCUGAACCCCUCACAGGGUUUGAUAAUUCUGAUGCAGUGCCUGCUGCCAACGCUGAGGCAAUGAUGCAGAUCCAGCCAGCUGGCUUGCAUAAAGAUGUCAUCCUCCUCUCUCUCCUGAAAGGAUGGUGCGAGGCGAAUGGGAAGAGCGUCAACAAGAGUCAGAGACUCUACAAGAAGAUGUUUCGCAAACUACAGGAUAAUAAGUUUAUAUCACCUGCUCAUGUUGAUGCCCUCAAGCAGUGUAAUUAUGACAUCCUUUUGAAGACACUUGUCUCCUGGUCUCUCUCUUCCUCCAGUGAUGAUUCUCCUGGGGGCGGAGCUUUGUUACCCUUUGCACAUCGUUUACCACUACCAGACCACGAUCAGUCGACUUUCUUCCGUCAGCGCUAUGAGACAGAUUUCAUUCAAAUUGAGUCUAUUGGUGAGGGAGGAUUUGGCAAAGUGUAUAAGGUUCAGCAUAAGCUGGAUAAAGAACAUUAUGCUAUCAAAAAAAUUAAAGUGACAAAGAAGUCGUGCUUCCUUGAGUCUAUACAGAGGGAAAUACAAAUGCUGGCCUGUCUGAGCCAUCCUAACGUCGUUCGGUAUCACCAAUCUUGGUUUGGAGAGGAAAUACAAGCCGUUACUAAACAUGCAAACAAACAUCGACCGAUGCUGGAAUUCAGGUCAUUCAACGACUUGGAAAUCAGUGAUGAUGAAAGGGGAGAUGAGGAGGAGGAAGAAGAUGAGGAGGACGAAGAAGAAGACAGGGAUAGAGAGGAGGAGAUGGUGAUCAUAAAUAAAGAUGAAGAUGAUUCUUUUGCUGAUAAAUCAAGGUUUAUGUAUUCUUGCCAGGAGAAGGAAAACAUCAGCAAACGUGGGUCAACGUCUCCAAUCAUAACAGAAUAUGUAGAAUCAAGGACACAGCAUCAUUCUAAGCAUUCCAGUACGGUGGUGUUUAAUAAUCAACCAGAUAUUGAUCCGUUUGAUACAGACUUCAAAGUUUCAUAUGAAGAAGAGAGAUUUGACAGUGGUGAGUUAGUAAAUGAAUUCUUUUCACAAACAAGCGAGAAUGUCGAGAACAUCAGGCCCAUUGCCAGAGAAUUUGAUCAAACAUUCACUGAGGGAGUAACUGAUUCUCUGGAAUCUUCGGGAACAUCCAGCAGCACAGUUAUUUUUCGAAAUGCGGAGUCAGAUGGAACAGACUGUGAUGAUUUCAAAUUACCGUCCCAGAAAGAACAAAAUUCUCCCCGACACAAAGUCUUGCGGCAGUCACGCAAGUUCGAAAGGCAUGUUGAAACAAUGGUGCAGUCUGACGACUAUGAAGAAAUCAAAACUACUGCCACGACCUCCAAAAACAUUGUGAAAAGUGCAAUCAUUCCGGUUACAAAAGCCACUGCUACAUUGCUGAGUACCAUAACAACGUCGCUUAGUUCUUCAACCCAGAUUCACAAAAGGAUCCAUGGUGCAUCGUCCCGCCCAUACAGAGCAGUACAAAAUGGUGCAUUCCGUCGGUCAAUAAGUUGGGAUGGUCAAGAGUCCAGUCCCGAAGUAGAUGCUGGAUGUUGGUCAAGGCUGAGGCAGUUUUACAAGAUACGUUAUUAUCUCUACAUCCAAAUGGAGCUGUGUAAAAGUACACUUAGAGUGUGGUUGAGUGAGCGCAAUGGUAGAGUAGCAACUAAGAAUCAAUUUGAUGUUGUGAAUGAGAGAGAUAAUCAAAAUAUCUACAAGCAGCUACUUGAAGGAAUAGAUUACAUCCACACACAAAAUAUACUACACAGAGAUGUGACUCCUAAGAAUAUAUUCUUGAGCCACAAUGCUGAUGACCAUCCGCUAGUCAAGAUAGGAGAUUUUGGAUUAGCUCGGGUAGAUGUCAUCACUGAGCCGAAGACUCCGAUGAGAUUUCAGAGGAACCAAGAAGUUGAUGAGUGUUGCAUUGACCCCGGUGUCUCCCAAACUUAUACAUCUGGCGUUGGAACAGAAACCUAUGCAGCACCAGAACAGCUGGAUGGGACUACAUAUGACAACAAGUCUGAUAUGUACAGCAUGGGACUGAUCCUCUAUGAGUUAUACCACCCGUUUCUUACUGGCAUGGAAAGACACAAAUGUUUGGAAAGACUACGAAAAGGAAUCAUUUCGGAAGAAGUUCAGAAAAGAUGGCCUGUGCAGUACUCUGCGAUCCAGUGUCUAACAAAAGAUGAUAGCAAGGAAAGGCCCAGCGCUGCGGAUCUUUUAUCUGGUGAUAUGUUCCCUUCUAAAGAUAAGAUAAUAGAAAGCCAAGCGGAUGAGAUCGAGAGAUUAAAGAAACUGCUUGCUGAGAGAGAUGCAGAGAUCAGUCAAAUAAAAGAAAAGUAUUCAUGAUGUCUGCCUGCCUGAGAUACAAGAGAAACCAUGUCAUCGGACAGCGUUUGAUGGCAGUACAAGGUACAACGAAUAGUACUGUUGAUAAAAAACCUUGAUGUCAUUCAUAAUCAAAUAUCAAUUGGUAGAUUUUGUUCAUGAGAAAAGGACUUUCUAUGUAAUAAAUCUUGUUUUGUUCCUGUUGAACGGGGACGGCCGGAUUCACCUCAUGAUUGUGGGAUUCCCCCUUACCUCUACCCUCAAGUAAAAAUCUUGAUAUUAAUCAUAAUCAUAUUUCAAAUGCUGUAUUUUACUCAUGAGAUGGUUGCUUUCCCUUUAGCUAAUAGUAAUAGAAGUAGUAGUCCAAAGUCUUAUAUUCUGUUUUAUACAACUCCCAAGAAUGUUCUGUAAUAUGAUGGGUCCAAAUUGGAUCACAUGAUAUUCAGCGAAUUGCACUAUUUCAUCCAAAAUGCACUAUCCUGCACUCUAAAGUCAUACCAAAUGUACUAUCCUGCACUCUGACAUCAGAGUGUAAGAUAGUGCGAGGUCUGGAAUUAUCUAGAAUUUAUAUCAAAUAUGGCAUUCAGGGCAACUCAGUAACAUGGGGGAGUUUGUAUAAAACAAGCAAUGCACGCAUUCUUGUGCAUAGAGGACAUAAAUAAUGAAAUCUGCUCGACUCGCCAAAUGGAUAUACCGCACUCGGUCAUGCGGACCUCUUAGCGGUAUAUCCAUUGGCUCUUCUCGCAUAUCGUUCAUUAUUUGGCCCUGCCUGCACUCGCUUACGUGCAUUAUUUGUAUAUUGUUUCCUGUGGAACAAGGGUGGUCAGAUUCACCUCACGUUUGUGGGGACCGCCCUGGCCUCCGCUCUCCACUUGACACUUUUCAGCGCAUCCUCCAUCCUCAUACCAAGCCUCCUCACCUCUACCACUGGCUUCUUUCAUCUCUUUUCUAGCCGCCACAUUUUCCUUGAAUCAUUUGCCUUCGCCAACGCUUAUUCCAAACCCAACAUUAAUUGCAAUUUAAUAAUUUAAUUGCUGCUCUUGGUAUAAGUCGGGCUUCAUCUUACAUUCAAUGAAAACAAUUGAUAUCACAUAAUAAUAAUGAUAGUAGAGUUGCAUAACACCUACAGUUGGGUGUUUCAUAAAGCUGUUUGUAAGUUAAUAUUCAUUGGCGAUGGUUAAGCGCGUAAGAAAGGAUCACCAGUCGUUCUUAAAGUUGCUCUUAACUUACGAACAUCUUUAUGAAACGGCCCCCAGGUCUCUAUGCAUGUAGCCUCUUGGCGAGGCCCUGUUGGCUGCUUUCCGAGCGAACAUGGCAAAGCAAGGGAGAGAGUGAAGCAGAGCGCCGCGAGACAGGGCCUCUUGACAUCUGACCCGAAUUUCACCGACUUUCUUUUGUUUUUUAUUGUUUUUACCAAUUCACCGACCAAAAACUGGUCGGUGAAAAUCAUCCAAUGAGAGCGCGAGCUGCUAUGACGUCAUAUUAAAUAUUCAUGAGCUCAUCUGGAAUGGCGACCCUUGGAUUCUUGGCGAAGAGUGACGACGAAAUAUCAAAGAGCGCUGAAUAUGACUCUAAAAUGCUGAAUAUUGACCGAUUUAAGGAUUUGCAAGUCGAUGAAAUCAACUCUGCACUGAAAGGACGAGAUGUCUUUUUAAAUCUACCCACAGGAUAUGGAAAAAAUGUAAUAUUUCAUGCGAUUCCACCGGUCGAACCGGGGCGUCAAUUAUCGAUCUCUGCUUUGCAGUGCAGUGAGGGAAGCUGGGGUGGAGUUGCUGGGAGUUGACUCGAGUCUGACCAGCGGCUGAGCAGUAUCUCCCAGGAAGUUUCGGGGCGGUGAUGGGUCUGUUACGGCCAGUAGUAGUAGUAGUAGUAGUACCACUACUUGUAGCAUUUUGCUGGUUAUUUCCCCUUUAGUGUCCCGCAAUUAAAUGAAUCCCCUGCAGAAUAAUGGACUACUAGUCUAUACUAUAUAGUAUUCCGAACCCAAAACGAAACAGCUCUGACAUUUCAUUGGUUUACUCGGUGACCGGUAAUAUCAUGAAUCAUGUAGGAAGACGUUCCUCAUGAAUAUAUAAUUCAGUUCAGAUGUCAAGAGGCCCUGGCUCGCGCCAGGCCUAAUUCGCUUCGCGAAUUAGGGAAUCCCUCGCUUCGCUCGGGAAGCAGUUGCCAGGGCCUCGACAAGAGGCUACUAUGCAUGAGGAAAGCAGGAAAUAUGGUUAGAAUUGUGGAUUUAAAGAUUAGACAUCAUAUAUGCAUUAAGAACAUCAAAUAAUAUUAAAACAUAGUUGAACCUAACUUAGUUAAACAUUCUGAAAGAGGUGGGUUUUUAAUUGUACCUUGAAUUUCUUAAGCUGGGUAAUAUUUCGUAAAAUCGAUGGGAGAGAAUUCCAUUGUGCUGGUGCAGCUUGAGACUGAUUUUAACAGUAAAGUAGUACGAGAUAUUUGGUGCUAGAGGUUUAAUAUUUUUUCACCUUGAUUGUACUUCAUGUGGUUUUAUUGAAAUAACAAACGAUGACUUGUGUAAAUGGUAAUAAUGAUAAUACAUGUGACUCAUAAAGGGCCAUUCCACUUUGUAGAGUGCUCAAGCUGAAUAAAGGGCUAUAAUUAAAUAUAAAGCUUUUGAAAAGAUCUUGAAGACUCGAAAGAAGAUACCAUUAUUGAUGUCUUCAGGAGGUUAUUCUACAAUAUAAAAAAGAAAUAAUCUGAAACCAAAUCAACUACUGGUAUACAUCCGUGGAAUGCUGAGCAGAAAUAGAAAAGUAAUACUCAUAUAAAACGAGCAUAACCUCCUUUUUAAAUUGAUAAGCAAGAUGUAAUCUACACUGAGCUGCUGUCAUGUGCAACUUUGGUCAAAAUAGCUACUAUUAUGGCUCUGGUAAGAAAUGUAAGGUGAGAAGUGCCAAGACAUGUUAUAAGGGCUCUUAUCCUGGUUAAAAAGCAGAACAAGCAUGGCAUUUUGCAAACACAAUUUUUUUUUAAUGAGAAAAGAGGUAGAAAAAAUGAGGCCAGAAAUAGUUGAGUGCACCUAUUACACUGUAGGGCUUAGAAAUAAACUCAGCAUUUCUGUGUUGUUGGUUUCCUCUUUUUUUUUCUGGCCUCCAUUUCUUUUAUCAAAAUGAGUUUGUGAUUAGUAAUUUAAAAAAAUUCAGAUGAAUUGUUUAAUGGGUAAUUACAAUUCUUUCUCAUGUACAGUAUCAUGUUUUGUCUUCAUAACAUUAUAAACUAGGUUAUUUGUAAUUAUUUCAAAAAUACUGAACUUUGAAUCAUGUUGUAGUUUAUAUUGUUCACAUGGAUGAAAAACACCCAGAAAUUUUUUUUUGCAGACACUUAAAAGAUAUAUGUGACAGAUAAAUCAUUAUUUCCUAAAUCUACUGGGGAAAUGAAUGUAACACGUGUUAGUGUAUGGGAUGAAAUACAGAAGGUGUUUCAGGUCACUUUAGAUUUCACUCUUUUGAGAAACUUGAUACGUAUUUUCUGGCUCUUUUUUUGUUGUUGGGGGGAAGGGCAAUUUAUUUUUAUAACACGGGUGACAAACAGGACCUUGCAGCUCAGAUUAUUCAAAGUCAAAUCAAUGUUAACCUCUGCUUUUCAUGAUGAAACGGGAAUCAUUCCAACCUACUGCAAAAAUCAUGUGGUAAUUUAGUCAUAUUUUGAGAACUUCUUAAUGUUGUAGUAUAUCGUUCAGGUGAAGAUGCUGACUUUAAUGAUGGACAAACUGAAAUUAUACAGACUAUAGUCCUACUGUGUUAUAUGGUGCUAGCAGGUGACUUAUUCAUUAUUGAUUUGUCAAGACCAUGAAGUGUAAAUAUUCAUAGUCCUGUGAUACAAAUAUUUGCAAAUAUUGUAAAAUGGCAGUGACCAAUUAUGAUCUUUUUGUAUGGAUGUAGUGGGGCAAUUCCAUAAAAUAUGUACUAGUAUGUCCAACCCCAUGUAUGUGGGACCUUCGUGACAUUUUCUGUCUAUGAUUUCUGGUUCUUAUGACAGUCUGUAAUGCUGUCAAAUGACUAUGAAUUGGUCAGUUUAUGAAGUGAAGUAAAACCUGAGAAUAAUGGGGGUUGAAUGUUUUAUGGAAUAGUGUUCAAAAUACCCACUUUCCACCAAUUAUAAACGUUGUGUGAACUUUGUUAUUAAUUGCAUUUCUUUGUGUUAUGGGGCACAAAAUUAUCUUUGUCUAGAUCACUUUGGGUGCAAUAACUGUAUGUCAAUGGCAUAUCCAGAUAAAAAAAGAGUGCGCUAGGCUAGUACCCUUGUACCUUUGCCAAUGUAUAACGUCAGAGACUUUUUGAGAUAAGAGGCCUCCUAUGUAUUAUGCUACUUUCUUUAUUUGGUCUUUCAUUAGAUUCAGGCACCAUUUCUUUUCCUUGAUUGUUUUUUUUUCUGCUUUCUUCUUGCCCCCCCCCAUAUUGUACCCCUUUUGUGCACCUGAACAUGAUGCCCCCCCCCCCUCACCAUCCUAGAUAUGCCACUUGUACAUGUGUGCUUAUGAUAAAAUCUGUUUGUUUUUUUAUUAGGUGUCGAGCAUUUGUAAAUACCCCACCAUUCAAACUGCCCUAUUGUUUAUUUCGAGCAAUCUUGUUAGUUUGACGACCAGCCUUUUAUUUUAGCUUUGAAACAUUGCUGUUUUGAGUUUCAUUCUGCACUAAUUAAUUUUAACUUGUUUAUUUCAUUCUAGCAACCAAGACUCUUUAAAUGCUAUGUAUUUAUAGUUUAUAUUUUAUUUUAAGAUUUCUGUCAUUAUUUGACAUGUUUUUGAUCUAAUCUGUGUGUUAUUUAUUUGAGAUAUCAUUAAUUUGAGAAAGUAUUCAUACUUUGAUUUUCAAGUAAUGCAAUCAUCAGGUUUACCAAAGGUUCUACGAUGCAAGUUCAUGUGAAACCUGUAUUUUUCCCUAAAUAUAAUUUAUUGAAGAUGAAAUUGUGUGGCAAUAUAUUUAUAAUGAGGUUUAUAAAUGAUCAGUUGAAAUACACAAGAAUGUAUGAUUAUAUUCACAUCUGCCAUUACUCAUAUUAGAUAGAGCAAAUCUUGUUAAGUUUGAUAUAAAUGUGGAAGGCUUGCCAGAAUGGUCUAGCUCUUGUUGGAGGUUUAUGGAAAAUAACUGAAAUAAACAAGAAUAUAUCAGUAUUC